CGUGGUCGUGCGGCGCCCACUCUUGUUCACAUGCCAAGGCUAUCUCCAUUCUUCAAGAUGUCUUCACCGACACAAUGUGCACAUCUCCAUCGUUGUCCUACUUCUUGUUCCGCAAUUACCUAGGCUUGGGUCAUCUCCCUGGAUCCACUCUCUUCGACUCGGAGCGCGAGAGCGGGAUCAGAGAUCACAAACAAUAUGUGGAUGCCCCUUUUUCAAAUGGAAAUUAGAACCAAGGAGACAUCGUGGUGUACUUGGGCAUGUAAUUGAAGCUCAGUAGCACUUAAAGCUAAGGUCGUCACGAUCUCACAUAUGCCGCGCUGCAUCCUUCCCUCUUCACCUGAGACAUCUUGCGGCGCAACACUCUACCCCACAGUAUCACCAAAUCCAUGACAUGGGGGAUUCGAUACUGUCCUUGCCACGGGAGAUUGUCUCCUCAGAUAGUAUUUGGUUGAUCUCAAAUUAUAUCUACCUUUCCGCUACCGUCUUGUGUAUACAAGAUUGGGUACAGACAUUUCCGACGGAGUUGGGGGCGAUAUGGCAACGAAACCUAACAAGUACUGCGAGCAUAUUCUUGCUAAACAAAUAUUUGGUUUUCCUCUGGGCCGUGGCGCAGUUCAUUCUCCUCUUCACAGGCUUGUCCUUAGGCAUAAGUUGUCGGGUUAUGAGUGGUCUUACACAGAUUGCCCUAUUAUUAUGCAACGCUCUUACUGGCCUGCUACUCACCCUUCGGGUAUAUGCGCUCUGCCAACGAAGAAAAAUCAUCCUAGCAGUAUUCUCAGUUUUUUUGCUCUCGAGAUUUGCGCUCGAUAUUGCAAUCAUCGUGACAUCGCAAAGCUCGUGGAGACAGGAGACACCAUCGGGGACAUUCUCGGGAUGUCGAUUGGCAAUGCUCCCUCGGAACUCUGUACGUCUGCAGGCGGCUGAUUGCUGUGUCGCAUUGACUUUCAACUUGGUCCUGAUUUCGAUGACGGUUCACAUGACAUAUAUAUCUGUGAGAGAAAGGGACAGGCUCGGAGUCCCACCUGGUAUAACAUAUAUUUUACUUCGUGAUGGCGUCAUGUACUUCCUUGUGGUCUUCACCAUAGAAUGCAUUCAAGCUGCGACAAGCAUCACAUCCCUCCUGGCCACGAACAAUCUGUCGUACACGAAGUCGUGUUUUGGCGCAAUCGUAUCAUCGUAUACUGUGACUUCCAAACAUGCUCGUCAACCGGCUCUUUCUGAACUUGAGAACAUUCAAUAUGCCAGUGGUUCUGGAGCCAUCCUUUGACGAUAUACCCGAGCCUACAUUUGCUCAAAAUCGGUUUCUUGGCAACAUCGGACUCCCUCUCGAUAGUGACUGGGGGAACACAAUGAGCGACGAUGACCGAGUGGCCAUUGACUCUCAAGCGCCUCUUAUGCGGGGAGAUAGCGACGCAUCCCAUAAUUCUGGUCCCUUGUUGUGGCACUCACAAGAGGUUGAGGACAAAGGGGAAAGCGAUAGCCCUGGGCUUGCCAAGGGCCCACAAGACAAUAUGAUGUCAGAGUCAACAAACGACGGAGAGAGCUCAAGGUGUCCUUCCGUUCCCUCCUAUCAUAGCCAGUGGACCAAUAUGGAUAAAGUUGCCAAGGAUUUGAGGUCGCUAGAUCCUGCGGAGGGAGUGCUCGAUGCUCUCAAGACAUGGUCUGCGGUCAUGAGCGACUCGUCAGACCCCGAGCUAGAACCUCGCAAUCUCGAGCAGAUGUGCGAUUUACUAGGUAUUAUACCUAAACAGAGACUAGCUCGCGAGAGGCACGGUCGUCUAGCAUUAGCGCUAGACCGUCAGGUCAUCACUUCCUGUCAGCGCUACGUAGAGCGCGGUCAGACCAAGGACCUCCAGGAGGCGAUAUCGUCCUCGUGCCGAGCAAUUAGUCUGCGUCCCCCUGGCCACCGUCUGCGCUCGCGAUCUCUCGAAAAGCUUGUAGAAGUUGUUCACAUUUGCAUUGACCAAGGUCAUGCGAUAGAGUGCAACAGUACGACUGUGAUCUGGGACAUGCUUAGAGAGGCUGCCUCUGAUAUUACGACCACUCAGACUGCUCGAGUAUCAGCCGCUCGAGAAUGGACACACUUAGCCAGGGAUUGUCACCAUCGUUCUCUUCCUGCAGCGUAUACAACAUUCUUGACCCUACUUGAGCAUGAGCUGAAUGUGAAUCCCAGUCUCGAGGGCCAGCAGGAGUAUCUUGGUCGUCAUUUCUCGUCGUUUGCAUCUGACGCGGCGGCCUCCGCGAUUGCAUGUGGCCGUGCCACACUCGCGGUGGAGCUGCUCGAACGAGGCAGGACUUUGCUGUGGUCAAAGAUGAGAGGGUACAGAGCAUGUCAUGAUGGAUUACCUCCUGAAUUUGCACAGAGUUUCAAGGAUAUAUGUAAAGAGCUCGAGCUCCUCGCGACGUCUGCCACUAGCCUAGAGCGCGUUUCACAUCGUACGGAGGGGGACAAGUGGACGCAGCAACGAGCUCUGGCAGCCAGACUUGAGGACGUCAUCCGUCAGAUCCACUUGACAGAGGGAUUCGAUAAUUUCUUACGUACGACACCAUAUCCUCAACUGCGCGAAGCAGCUGCAGAGGGCCCGGUCAUAGUUGUCAAUCUCUCUCGUAUUCGUUGUGACGCCCUUAUUGUCCUACGAGAACAAGACAAGCCGAUAGUCGUAUCACUCGCACGUCGGAAUUCCGCAGAGGAACUUCUCAGAAAGGUAGCAGAGCUCAAUCACGAGAUAAAUAUAAUCACUGAUCCACGUCGCCGAGAAGAGGAUUGCAUGGGACGCAUGCAUUCCGUCUUGGAGGGAUUGUGGGUGCUCCUCGUCGAGCCCGUCAUCUCUUGUCUUCUCCGCAAUCAAACGGCCCGCUUGUCGCGUAUAUGGUGGUGCCCGACUGGGAGUUCAUGCAAUCUUCCCCUCCACGCAGCCCGUCCACCGAACGCUCGGGAGCUUGGUUAUGCAGACUUAUAUGUUCCAUCGUACAUACCCACCCUAGGGUCCCUCAUAACAUCGAGAGCAAAUACUGUCCCUCGUGUCGGAGCCCCGCGGCUUUUAGUUAUUGGUGAACCUGACGGAUCUCUACCAAUGAUAGCAAAAGAGAUCCAUAUUGUACGCGAGAGCGGUGAAUUCGUCCAAACGCUCCUCGGGGAGAGCGUAACCCGCGAUGCCGUGCUCGCAGGUCUGCGAAGCCAUCAAUGGGCACACCUCGCAUGUCACGGGCACUUACGGCCCAAUCCAUUCCAUUCGUAUCUCCGGCUGCAUAAACGCAGCCCUCUACGCAUCAUCGACAUUGUCCAAGCUCGUCUUCCUGACGCUGAAUUCGCCUUCUUAUCUGCAUGCCAUACCGCGACGAUGGGGCAACGAACAAACACCCCCGACGAGGCUGUUCACCUCGCUGCUGCUCUGCAGUUCAGUGGGUUUCGCAGUGUGGUCGGAACACUCUGGGGAAUGGCAGACGACGACGGUCCGAUUUUGGCAGAGGAAUUCUAUGCGCACAUGUUCCGCCACGGCCCAGCGAAAGCGGACUUCAAAGACGCAGCCAUGGCGCUCCGAGUGGCGACGAAGGCACUGAGGAGGAAGGGAGUGCCUGUGGAUAGGUGGAUUAACUUCAUCCAUAUUGGUGCAUAG